AUGAGGAAGGGUCGAAAAAAGAGAAAACGAAAAAGCAAAGAAAAGGAGGAUGUAAUUCCUGAGAAAGUAAGGAAGAUGGAAGAUGAUCACAAGAUCACCAGGGAUGAGAUGAUGGAUGAAGAUAUGGAUGAUAGGCUGUCAGAGCCAUCCAUUGUAGGGUCACCACAAAGAGAGGACCAAGAGAUCUCAAGGUCGAGGUCACCAACCCCUCCAACGAAAUUUACAGAAGAGUAUGUGAUGGAGCUGAAGGAUCUUCAACAGAAGAUAAUGACUUUGGAGGACAAUGCUGAACUACAAAGGGUUGUACAAGUAAUCGCUGAAACAGGACAGUAUGAAAUUACCAAAAAGACUUUUGAUUUUGAUCUCUGUGCACUGGACAAAAGUACAGUGAAAAGGUUACAGGACUUGUUCUUUGCUGCCUCAUGA